ACUCUCCCUCCUGCCGGCCAUCUGUCACAUCUGUCACCUGGGAUGAGUGGAAGGCCGGAGCCGAUGCCACAGGGCCCUCAGGGCCCGUCGGAAGAAGCCAACAGGAGCUCCAGCGUUCAUGCUCUGGUCCAGGGGCAUGAGAACCCGGAUGCCCACAGGUUGACUCCAUCAUGGAAAAUUGUCCUAAGUGUGGUGUUUAUGUUGACUUUUCUUCUUGUAGGGUUUAGAAGUCGCACGUGGCUGAAAGAAAGAGAAUCUCCUCAGAAGCCCCAGCGAUUUUACGCUGCAAUCGCAGAAUAUGGCUCCCGGCUGUACAAUUACCAGGCCCGGCUUCGGAUGCCAACGGAGCAAGUGAAACUUUUCAAGAAGGAAAGCCAGACUUUGGAAAACAGCCUGCGUGAAAUUCUGCUUUUAAUGGAGCAAAUCGACGUUCUGAAGGCGCUACUCAGAGACAUGCAGGCCGGUCUGCACAAUUACAGCUGGACGGCCGAUGGGGACCCCGCGGAGGCCCAGGACCACGCGGAGGAAACGUCCAACUUGGUAAAUUAUGUGCUUAAGAAGCUGAGAGAAGACCAAGUGCAGAUGGCCGAUUAUGCCCUGAAGUCGGCGGGCGCCUCCAUCAUUGAAGCUGGGACCUCAGAAAGUUAUAAAAGUGAUAAAGCAAAACUGCACUGGCACGGGAUCGGGUUCCUGAAUUAUGAAAUGCCUCCAGACAGCAUCCUGCAGCCAGAUGUUCACCCUGGCAGGUGCUGGGCCUUUCCAGGUUCCCAGGGCCACGCCCUCAUCAAGCUCGUGGGGAAGAUCAUACCCACCGCUGUCACCAUGGAGCACAUCUCGGAGAAGGUUUCUCCCUCAGGAAGCAUCUCCAGCGCACCCAAGGAGUUUUCUGUCCACGGCGUCUCCAAGGAGUGUGAAGGGGAGGAGGCUCUCCUAGGUCAGUUCGUAUAUAACAGAACAGGAACCACCGUGCAAACGUUUGAGCUCCAGCAUGACGUUUCUGAACCCUUACAAUGUGUGAAACUUAAAAUCCUCAGCAACUGGGGGCAUCCGAAAUACACAUGUUUAUACAGGUUUAGGGUCCACGGCAGCCCCGAGGGCCACAGCUAG